ACGAUAGCUUCGAUAGGAAAUGCUCAUUUUUGCGUUAAAAGUAAACCGAGAAAAAACGCAGAUAAACGAAAAUGACUGAAUUCCAAUGGCCCUGGGAGUACACAUUCCCACCGUUCUUCACUUUACAGCCCCACGAAGAAACCAGACAGCAGCAGCUGAAGGUCUGGACGGAUCUCUUUCUCAAAUACCUCAAGCAUACGAAUAAGUUUUCACUCAGCAUCAACGAACAGAGCUUGCCACUAUUCCACAAUGAGUCAAUUCAGCGACGCCUUUCGCCGGAGCUCAUACUAGUGAUACUGGAGGAACUGCAGCGGAGUGGGCAUGCAGCUGCCUUGGACAAACGCCGCCAGGAGUGGCAAGUGUAUUGGUACACUCUGGAUGAGUAUGGGAACAUGGUGUACGAUUGGAUACAGGAGACGGGGCAGACCAACAGUAUUUGCACACUGUACGAAAUAGCUUCUGGCGAGAGCUCCACUCAAAUGGAUUUCCACGGCGUGGAUGAGUCAGUGCUCCUAAGUGCACUACAACUGCUGGAAGAGAAGGGCCGAUGUGAACUAAUUGAGCUGGACGGCAGCCAUGGUGUCAAAUUCUUCUAAUUGGUUUUGUUGCUUGGUAUAUGUGUUCUCUCCACUGUGGCUUUUAAUAUGAACUAUUUACCAUUAUUCUUUAUAAGUAUCAAUUGCCUAGUCGAUGUAGCCCAUAUCCAUCUUUAUGAAUGCCAUAUGUCACAGCAAGUACUUUUUAA